AUGACGGUGCUUGAGGAAAUAAAAUUCUCCGGAAAUGAUGAGGAAAAUAUUAGGGGGAUAUAUUCAUCACAUGUGCGCGUAUAUCCUAGUGCCAAAAGUGCUCUGGAUUGUAGAGAUGUUUCGGCCAGCUGCAAGAUUAGCAUUCAACCAGCUGUCAAAUACUUUUGGGAUUAUCAGUAUUAUGUAACACGUCUCAUUGCACGUCAUCACGCCAGUUCGCUGAUUGCCUAUGCAAUUAAACAUGUUAAAAAAACAGAUUCUGACGAAGAUGUACAUGUAGGUAUGGUGCGGUUGCUGAAUACAGAGACGGGAAAAAAGUUGCUCUUACGUUCUUUCACAGACCGUAUCACGUGCAUUGAUUUUGCACUCCGCAGCGAAGCGCUUUUAGGCAUCAUCGACCACUCCGGAGCUGUUAAUGUUUUUAAAAUUGAUCAGGGGUUGUGUUCUGAAGAUCUAAUGACUUCGUCGUUAUUCUUCUCACUAAAUCCACCAGAAAAUUUUGUUCCUUUGGACGUUUCUUCGCUUGUGUGGUGUCCGUGGUUGCAUGGGUCUAAAACUGCACUCCCACUUGCAAAUGAUGUGCAUGAUGAUGUAUUUGUCCCGCCACGUGACCCAAGUUUUGUGUUAGCGUAUUCUACUCAUCAUAAGGUAAAAGUUAUAAAUGUGGGUUUAGUUGUUGAACUUCUUCAAAAUCACUUUUCACAAUAUGCUCAGUCGGGAGUAUCAACGUCUUGGAGUGAAAAACAACUUAUUGAUGCUAUAGAAGGAUGUACAACAGAGUCAUUAUGUUAUGCUGAGUUAUCCGACCAUUCUGAUGCGAUUACUGCUUUGUCAUUAAGUCGUGAUGCUACUUGUUUGGGUUCUGCCAGUCUGGACGGUAAAGUCUGUAUAUAUUCCUUAGUUAGUCGAUUGACUGGCGAUAUGAAGUACAAAUUGAGGCCAAUUCAUGUAUUUUCUCCUCAUGGUGGACUACCACUGUAUGCUUUAAUAUUUCUGGACAACGUGUUACAUAAUGAUGAAAGUAUAACAUGGAGUUAUCUUUUAACCGGUGCAGAGUCUAAUCGUGAACUACGCCUUUGGUCAUGUUCUGAUUGGUCUUGUUUACAAGUUAUACAAUUUUGUUCUGUGAUACCCAGUACAGAUUUACUCAAAUCUUUAAAUAUUUCAUUAUCGAAAUCGAGCAUAAUAUUAGCUGUUGAUCGAUCCGCCUCUUUUCUAGUUGCUACUGAUGUAACACGAAGAGUACUGUAUACACUUGAAUUGGCCGUUGUAAACGAUGUUUCAAAUGAUAAUGAAAGGUUAUUGUCCUCUUCAUCGUCAUCAAUGUUAUCAGUAUCGAAGAAGAUAUGCUGUUUCAUUUCUAUCGGAGAAUUUUUGUUGACAACACCGUGUCUGUUGUUUGCUUUAGGCCCUUCUUCAAGGAAAGCCAAAAAUGGUGUAGAUCCCCUUUCUAUAAAAGAGAAAAUUGAUCCACAUAAAGUUUUAACGGAUCAAAUAUGUUUGGAUAUUCACAUCAUUCAUAAUCGAAAUCUAUUAAAUGGUACAAUUCGAUUUGAUCUGUCUCAUCGAUCUGAAUCAGAAAAACUCGAAAUAAUUACAAAUAUAAUGAAGCAAUCUUCAAUGGAAUCGCCUGUUCAUCAUCAACAUGAGUUGACAGAUCCUACUCUCCCUAAUGCUAUUGAUAGCUCUAGUAAUAAGGAUCUGUCAACGUCGAUACCUUCUUUUACUUCAUCACCUAACAUAAAUGCCAUUGUUCAAGAAAAAGUUGAAUCUGAUGAAGUUCUUGAUCAGCGUAAUUCCACCGAAACACUAGGUCAUAAUUCUUUGAUGCCUAACACUUUGGAGAAUCCAUUGAUGAUGGAGAUUAAAACUGAAAUUGAGGAUAAUUCCAGUUGCUAUCCUAAUAUGGAAACAAUUUCUCCGAGUCAAAAUGAACCACCAGAAGCGGAAAAACUUCAAAAUGUUCUUUCUGUAACAUUGUUAAACAUGAAUAAUCAGUCGACUGAAGAACUCGUUGUUGAAUCUAUUACGAAAACGGCUGAUGAAACUUCGAUUUCCGACUUUCCACCUAUGAACUGUCUACAGUUGUUAUGCAGUACGAAUGAUAACUAUACACCUCAAACUGAAAUUACUACGAGAACUGAUCAACAGCAUCAUAGGAGUGAUGUUGUAGUUGGUGAAAACGAUAACGACGAUGACGACGAUAAUGGAGAGAUCGAUUCUGAAGACAAUGCACCCGAUUCUGUGGACAAAUUACUGUCGGACACAACAACGAAUAAAAUCCCAUUGAAUUCAAGUAGUCCAAGUCAUGAUAGUAAUAAUAAUAAUAAUAAUAAUAAUAAUAAUAAUAAUAAUAAUAAUAAUAAUAAUAAUAAUUUAAACAAUGAAGCAUAUACUAUUACUAAUCACGUAGAUGAGAAUGACUUGAUCUUUUUAACAACAACGACCACAACAUCGUCAGUGUCUCCACCGUCGGUACUGUUGCCGCCUCCAUUACCAUCUCAGCUAUCGUUAACAAUGUCACCAACUAAUGACACUACAUUAUGGUCGACCACUGCUACUACUACUACUACUACUACUGCAAAAGAAGACUAUUUACAAAAUUCAUCACCAUUGGAUAUUACCUCUGCAUCGUUAAACACUUGUAAUUUCGUUGUUGUUGUUGAUGACGGUGGUGGUGGUGGUGGGGAAGGUGAAGGCGGUGGCCGUUCUGUUGACAAUGUCAACGAACAAGGCGAUGAUGAUGAUAAUGAUGAUUAUCGUAACUAUCAAUCAUUUGAAGAUUUGAAGUCAAUUUUAAAAGAGGAAGAUGCUUUAAAUGCGACAAUUAACAGAAUAGUUAAUGUUAAUGAAACUACUGACCUUGAAAAUCAUAACAACAACAAACCCAAUGCCAACGACGACGAUAACAGGAGAAAUAAUAAUGAAAUGAAUAGAAUUUUAAAUCAUUUGGAAAUGUUAUCGAUGAAUUCAGAAAAACAAAGUAAACAAUUCGAAUACAUAUUAGACCAAUUGAAUGAAACGAAAUUGAAACUUGAACGACUUGAACAAACACAAUAUGAUAUCAUUGAACAAAUAAAUAAUGUUAAUUACCAAGGUUCACUAAUACCGCCGCCUCCAUCAACACAACCGUCUAACAUUGUUACAAUGACAGAAUCUAAUACGAAUUUAGAACAUUGGGAAAUUAAAUCUAUUGAAUUGUCUAAUCAGAUAAUUUCACAAUUACGAACUGUUCAAGGAGACUUUUCACGUCGUUAUUCAAAAAUUUCUGAAAAUAUGAAUAAAAUUUUAUCCAAUGUACAAGAUCCAAAUCAUUCAAUCAAAUCAAAUAUGUUACAUAAUUUAGAAUCACGUAUUAAUACAUUGCCAACUAUAACAUCAGAUUGUGUUAGACGUGUACUACAUGAAGAAUUAUUAAGAGUAUUUUCAAAUAAUUUAUCGCGAGUUGUUGAACCAUUGCAACAAUCUCUAUUUAGUGUGUUAAAAGAUCAUUUAUCUACAUUACCAACAAUGUUAGCAGAUAAUGUUCAACGUACUUUACGUGAAAAGAAUUUCACUACACAAAUUGUACGAUCUGCAUCUGGAAUAUUGUCCUCAGAACUGUCUAAUGCUUAUCGCGAUUCACUGAAUAAAAUUUUUGUUCCAGCUUUAGAAAAAUCCAUUCAGAAAUUAUUCACAGAUCUUAAUAAUCUUUUUCAACUUGGUACACAACAAUAUUUAAAUCAAAUUUCAUCUCGUAUUCAACCUCCAUCUUUUGAUACUACAAAUUUUACUCCAUUGAUGAAUCAAAUAUCAUCUGUGAUAAAAUCAACUCUUACUGAAUCAUUGAAAGAAGUUGAAAACAAAUGUGGUAAUUCUUCAUCUCUUAAAAUAAAUCCAUCAUCAGUUUCAUGUACAACUAAUACCAUUGAUCGUAAUGAUCAUUAUUCAGAAAUAGUAUAUGACAAUGUAAAGCAUAAACAAUCCAAUUUAACAACAUUGGAUAAAACAGCUGGGAAUAAAAAAUCACAUAAUCGUCAUUUAAUUAAGACUGGUAAUGUCAAUACUCCUCAUGUUAGUAACAGUGGUAGCAAUAGUAAUAAUAAUAAUAAUCCUAAUGUAAAGAAUAAAAUACAAACAACCAAUGAGAAUCCACAUCCAUCGGACCUAUAUCCACAACAAUCACUAUCAACAUUAACAACAACAACAACAUCGUCGUCCUCGUCAUUAUCAAUGAAGCAAGAUAAAUUGACUCGUUUAUUUGGACAAGCUCAAGCGUUCAUUCGUUCUAAUCGCUUAGUCGAUGCUCUGGAAUUGGCUUUAGUUUCUACUGAUCAACCACUUCUCUUAGAUAUCUGUAAUGAUAUUGAUGUGAAUAAACUUUUCAGUUCUGGUGAUCAUACAAUUGGUCAAAAUAUUUUAUUAUCUUUAAUUCAUCAAUUAAGUUGUGGUGAUUUAUUUGUUCAAUUGGAUUUAAAACUUAAAUAUCUUCAAGAAGCUAUUCUUUGUCUUGAAUUUGAUGAUCCUACUACAUCAGUUCAUGGACCAGCAAUAUUACACUUACUUAAUACACGUCUUGAUACUUUGUUAAACUCAAUAAACAAUAAUAAUUCAACAAAUAAAAUUAAUAACAAAUUUACUAAUUCAUUACGUAAUCGUGUUAUUAAAUUAAAUCGUACAGUGAAAUGUUUAUUUAAAGAAAUUUCAUUAUCUGAUGAUAAAUAA